AUGGCCCCCAUUAUCCCACCCGGUGUACCCGCGACGGCCCACAAUAUGUUCAUUGAGCACACUGCAGAGCUUUUCUCCAUCCCUGGACUGUACGCAUGGAUCGUACAGGUCGGGCAUUACCCAGUGGCAAAUAACAACGAGCCGGCCCCUUUUUCCGACUCAUCCGCCCAAAAUUCGUCCAUAUACGAUGUCGCACAUUGGUAUGCUGCCCAUGUGACCCCGUUCGAGGGACACUUCCCGGCGGACCUUCGUGACGGACAUGCUCGACCGGUACCCCCGACCCAUGAGUUGUUAUCACUCGUCGAUGAGGACGUGGUGAUGCAGCCACCAGACCCCGAACCACCCACACCCGGUGCUGGCAAUGCCCCUGCUGGCAGCACUCAGCUGAGUCCCAACCCCGGAGCGACCCCUGAGGCUGGUGACCCUGACCACGACAUGGGUGGCCACUAG